UAUAUAUCAGUGCAUGAUCUGCUCUUUUUUUCUUGCCAUCUGUGAAGCUUUGAUCUACCGUCAAAAGUUCAUCAAUGGAAGCUUGUUUUCUUGCCUCAAAUUCCUUCAUCAAAACUGUUACUUCUCCCAACAGAAAUUUCACUCAACUUCAAUCCAAAAGAGUUGGGAUUCCAUCUUCAAUAACAUGUAGCCGUGGGGAGUCAUCAACGCCGUCCAACGAUGAUCACAAACCAUCCAUUGAUACAGAUUGGCGAUCAUUCAGAGCAAGACUGGUAGCUGCAGAGAAAUCAAGGUCAAAAGAGCCCACCUCAACUUCCUCACUUGAUCUUGACACUGUGGUGGAUCAACCUAAGCCCAUCACUGUUGGUGACAAAUGGGCUCACGAAAUCCACGAGCCUGAGAAGGGAUGCCUACUCCUUGCAACCGAAAAGCUCGACGGGGUCCACAUAUUCGAACGGACAGUCAUUCUGGUGUUGUCCACUGGGCCAUUGGGACCGUCGGGCAUCAUACUCAACCGGCCCUCCCUCAUGUCGAUCAAGGAAACGCGGUCAACCGCUCUGGACGUGGCGGGCACGUUCUCGGACCAGCCGUUGUUCUUCGGCGGGCCGUUGGAAGAGGGGUUGUUCUUGGUGAGGCCCAAAGGGGGUGAUGAUGUAGUUGGGAGGAGUGGAGUUUUUGAUGAGGUGAUGAAGGGGUUGUACUAUGGGACAAAGGAAAGUGUGGGGUGUGCGGCUGAGAUGGUGAAGAGGAAUAUGGUUGGGCUUGGGGAGUUCAGGUUCUUUGAUGGGUAUUGUGGGUGGGAGAAGGAGCAGUUGAAGGAUGAAAUAAGAUCUGGUUAUUGGACUGUGGCAGCUUGUAGCCCAAGUGUGAUUGAUUUGAGGAGUGUGGGAAGUGUUGGGCUUUGGGAGAAGGUCCUUGGGCUUAUGGGCCGUCGGAAGGUUCGGUGAAAUCUGUUUGCGAUCGUCGGAUACUAGAGUUUGUGUUGUAUUUUUGAUUUGUCGUUCGUGUUCAAGAAUGCUAGUAUCAGUCGCUCACAUAUGUCACAGUCAUGUACAUAAUUGACAGUGUUGAUUAAUAAGAAGUAUGAAUCUUAUUACA